AUGAGUGGUUUUGUGUUUUCUUUGCAGACACAUCAACAUCAUCCCCGACUGAAUGACAAAGCUGUCAAAGAUGGUGUCAAGGAGAGGAAAUCGAAAUCGAAUCGCUGCAACAAGGUGAAUAACAAUAAAGAUGCCGUACCGUCCAUUAAGUGCGUUGUGGUUGGAGAUGGAGCAGUGGGAAAAACCAACCUGAUUGUGUCUUAUCUUGAGAAUCGAUUUGUUCCAGAACAUAUUCCAACAGCUUCUGACAUCUACAAUGUGGACGUCCAAGUAGAUGAUGCUCCUGUAAGAGUAACAAUCUGCGACACUCCCGGUCAAGAUACUCUGGAUGUCCUGAGGGAACUUUCAUAUCCGGACACAAACAUCUUCCUCCUUUGUUUCUCAGUGGUGCAUCCGGAGACUUUUCGAUCGGUGAAGACAAAGUGGCUACCCCGUCUGUCGCAGUAUCAGGAUGCAAGAGUUGUUCUAAUUGGCACUCAUGCUGACCUUCGUAGUGACCGCAGUACAAUUAUUCGAUUGCAGUGUCAAGGUGAGAAACCAGUUUCACUGACAGACGCAUGGGAUUUUGCCAGAUCCAUCGGAGCCAAAUACAUUGAAUCAUCGUCUCGGACAAAGGACAAGGUGAAGGAGGUCUUUGACACUGCCAUUUGGGAUGCCCUUACAGCCCAGAGACCCGAGCCAAAGCCCCUGUGGAGAAAGAUGCUGUGCCUGGCGUAAUAGAAUUAGUUUUACUUUUCCUCAAAUACUUUUCCCCACAAUUUGGAUUCUCAAUAAAUGAAAGCGAAAAAGCAAGACAAA